GCUGACGCACGGUCUUGGAAUAAUAAGCAAAUAAGAGCACGCAGCUCCGAGCUGUGUGCAGAUGGCAUCCGCGUGCGUAACGGCGGCGCCGGGUGGCGACAGCAUCGCAACGGAGACCAGGCGUUUCUGUUCCUCCGUAACUCCCGCGAGCGACGAACAGGAGAAGGUCCCAUGCUCACUUCUCCCGCGGGGCCAUGCCUUCCCUUACUCGGGAGGACACAGCAGCGGGGAGUGGGUGGGCGGAGGACGGAGGAGCUGAGAGCUGCGGCGGGGGGACAAGAGAGGACGGCCGAGGUCUGGUGUGCGCACUGGAGAUGGAGCUGACGAACCGCGGCUUGCCAAGUAAGAUGGACUGCGUCAGCUGCGACGACCUGAUCAAUCGGAACUGCGCGGACUCCGCCGAGGUGUCGGUGCCGCUGUCACCCACGGGGAAGCGCGCGACCCACAUGGAGGGAGACGACCUGUGCAGGCUGAUAGACAGAAAGUUUCUGAUAGAGGACAAGAAGCGCCUCUGCGCGCUGGCGCUGGGCACCGCUCUGGUGGGGAUCCUGCUGAUGAUCAUCCACGCCGAAAUAUGCCCCUUUGUUUACGAACCGGGCUCCAAAGUCUCCUUGGUAAUCAACUGCUCCAUAAGCCUGUCCACUGGGUGUCUCCUAAUCCUUAUUCUAGCGUUCCACUAUAAGGACAUCAGGCUGUUCAUCAUUGACCACAAAGAGGUGGACUGGAGAAUAGCUAUAACAGGCCACAGGGUUCUUGUCAUCACCAUGGAGCUGUUGGUCUGCAUCAUCCAUCCAGUGGGGUCAUACUGGGAGGUGGGGUUGCACGCCAACUCCUCCUCCGCCGCUCCCCUCUGUAUUUCCAGCCACCAAGACAAAGCCCUGGUGGACAUGGAGCUGCUGUUGUCCAUGCUCAUGUUCCUGCGCCUGUACCUGGUCCACAGAGCCAUUCUACUGCACAGCAAAGUGCUCCUGAGUGCCUCCUACAGGAGCAUUGGCUCGCUUAACAACAUCAACUUCACCUUUCGCUUCGUUCUUAAGGUGCUGAUGAACAAACAUCCGGCACGUGUGCUGCUGGUGUUUAUCCUCCUCUUCUGGCUUACAGCGUCCUGGAUGCUGACGCUGUGUGAGAGGCGCACCGAGGCACUGACGACGGGCCAAAUGGACACGGCCCUGUGGCUCAUCGCCAUCACGUUCCUCACUGUGGGCUACGGAGAUGUUGCACCCAAGACCAGCUGUGGCAAGGGGGUGUGUCUCUUUACUGGUGUCAUGGGUGUAGCCUGCACUGCCAUGCUGGUUGCCAUAGUUACUGAGAAACUGGCACUGAACAAAGGAGAGAAGCAUGUGCACUUCUUCAUGAUGGACAUCCAGAUUUCUAAAAGGAUCCGGCAUGCUGCUGCUAAUGUUCUGAGAGAAUGUUGGCUGCUGCACCGUGCAAACCUGCCGAAGAGAAGUCGGAACGAGCACCGAAGACACCAGCGAUGCCUUCUUGAAGCCAUCAGAGUAUUUCGACACUUACGCCUCAAGCAAAGAAAACUAAGAGAUUAUGUCAGUGAGAUGGUGGACCUCCCAAAGAUGCAGAUGAUCAUGUGUGACCUCAGCGCCAACUGGAACAACUCUUAUCGAGAGCUGGAGCAGAGGAUCCUCUUCAUGGAGCACAAGCUGGACGAGCUGACUCGCUGCUUCCAGCAGACGUCGGAGCUGCUGUCUGAGGUCCUACGUCACCGAGAGCCAGAAAUCAGGUGACAUGGCCGCAGACACUUUUCACCAAGUGUCUGUAGCAUUUCCUUCUGCAGCGUCAACGAAUCCUGGGUUCCCGAGCUGCUUGCAGAUCUGUUCUAGAACAGUGUAAACAUCUCAUCCACCUGCUCAGUGCUGCGUGCGCUGCUGCGUGACUCGUGCUGUAAAACUACAGUUAAAUUAUGUCUUCAGAGUGGGAUUUUUGAGAAUAUGUCGGGGAUGUCUGCUAUGCUGUGUGGCAAAUGUAUUUGUGAUUGUACACAAAGAAUGGAUCUAAAAUAAUCAUGGAUUGCAUUAUAAUAUCAAAGAUAGUCUAAACUGACUUUUUGUAUGAAUAAUUGUUACUACCUUAUUCCUGUGGAAUUAGAGGUUUUAUAUUUUUAUUGUAUUUUUUGUAGUAAUAUCCAUAUAUUCUCUUUA